UACACUUAAGAUCUGCUUCUUACAUGUAAUGUUAACAUUGUAAUGUUGGGACAAUCGGCAGUGGAUUGUAGUUGUUCCCAAGUACUUAACCCACUUCAAGCUUUGAGGUCUGAGACCUCCUUAGGCCAGUGGACACUGGCCCUCCUGGCCCAGUCAGUAUUUCAUCACUUAUGUGUUCGAAUAACCACACAAGGUGUCAACUACUACUUUGGAAACAAGAAAUUCUUGUUACUUUUUACUGUAUUUGUGUUUUUUUGCAUUUACUAUAAUGAUAUGUAGUGUUUUUACUGACAAAAACACAUUUACUGCCAAGAUAAAUGGUUCCAGUAGUGAUUAAGAUCCAUAUUUACACAACAUGUUUAUAUUGCACUCAUGAGAGUCCUGCACCAUUAAUCACACCGCAACCGCAUAGUCAGCAUACAGUUCAACUGCAGUUGGCACUAGCAUUAUGGAUGAAAAAAAAGAACAGUGAAUUUUCCUAACAGUGUUCCUUAUAACAGAACAAUAAUUCGCAACAUCAACAUGUUAGUUCAAAGUUUUAUUGUUCGAUUUUUUCAACUCGCACGUGGGGUCACACAUUGUAUUGCAAGGUUAAUUUUUAAGAGGACUUGUGCUGUGUGGGUGUUGAUAAAAGCCAUGGUCUUUCUAUAAAUAAGUAGGCACUUCCUCCUGAUUUCCACACUCAUUCACUAUGCAGCAAAAACUACUGAGCCGGAUCACCUGUAUGCUAUUGCUGGUGCUGUGUGGUGCUCAUGCAGCUUCAGUUGUAGCAGCAAAAAGGUAUCUGACAUGCGAGGGACACUCCGCUCAUCUGUCCUGUGAUUAUGGGUACAUAAAAGUCCUCAGGGCUAAUUAUGGGCGUACGGACAAAACGACUUGCUCUGAAAAGAGACCACAUCAUCAGCUGUCAAAUGUUCACUGUUUUCAAGAGAGAUCUCUCAAAAUCAUGUCAGACAGAUGUAACGGACUGCAGAGCUGUGCUGUUCCAGUUGUAAACUCAGUCUUCUCUGAUCCCUGUGUUGGAAUUUAUAAAUACCUGGAUGUCUUUUAUUUUUGCCUUCCGUACAAGAGAAGUGUAAUCUGUGAAUAUCAGGAGGGUGUAAUAAGCUGUGCGAGUGGAGUGAUAUUCAUCCAUUAUGCCAACUACGGGCGGCGGGAUCGCACCACUUGUCCCCAUAAAUUAGCAACUACAUCUGACUGUUACUUCCCUCAGACCUCCAGCUUGCGCUCCAGAUGCAAUGGCAAAACAUCAUGUAAACUGAAGGCCUCCAAUGAUGUUUUCUCUGAUCCAUGCUAUGGCGUUCACAAGUACUUGGAGGUGACCUAUAGCUGUAGAUAUUUUGAAUGAAUGAGACCCUUUACAAUCAUGAAGAUAAUGUUGGAUCCUUUGCGAUGCUCAAAAGCCAAACUUGGUAACCACAUGAGGACUUGUGACUUACUAGGAGGAAAUAUGUUUUGUGUUUUCAAGUCAGCAGUUUACUUAGUUUUGUGUAUAUAUAUCUGAUUAUGAACAAAAAUAGCUUGUAAGAUAACUGAAGUUCAUUUCAAUAAAAGGGUUUAACUCUUUCAUUCCCUUGUUUAGGUCUGGGGCUGUAAAGCUAGCAGUUUAAGCUUCGUAAUUAACGUAUAUGUCUGAUUAUGAACAAACAUACUUUGUAAGAUUGUAAUUGGGAUGAUGAUAAAUAAAAGUGUUGAACUCUG